GGAGGCUUCUUUUAUUAAAAUUUUUCGGUCAGAAGCUUCCGAGCCCGUUUUCUCGAAACUUCAUCUUUUCAUUUACCCCUCUCUUCGCUGUUACGGCAGCAGUGACUUGGACUCAAGUCUUGUGUACGUCGAACAGUCUCAGCCGUUCGGUCUCGAAAAUCCCGACUCUCAGUGCCGCAGUUUCGGUCCGACGUUCGGAUGGGCGACAAACACAACGGGGAAGCGUUUCUCCAGCACGGCGGGUUGCGUUAUCGUCUAGUGAAGGAAAAUCGGCACGGAUUCAAAGUCUGGGCGUGCGCGGGUCAGGAUGAUCGCGGGUCGAGUUGUGCGGGUCGCAUCCUCUCACUGGCAAGCGCCGUGUUGACCCUGUCCGUCUCUCACACCUGUCGGAGGAGCCCCUCUAGUCACUCGAUGUCCAACAACGAAAAGGUGCCCUUGCGCAGGGCUCGGAAAGGGACUGGUGGACAGGAGCUGACUGCCUUGAUUGCGACAGAAGCAACUCUGGACCCAGAAAUGACGCUGCGGAAGCCGGAGAAGAAGAACGUGUCGAUAGCGAAAAAUGUCGGGACGAAAAGCCUGCUGGCAUUCUGGAUCCUGGGCGUGUGCAAUAACAUGGGCUACGUCGUCAUGUUGAGCGCAGCCCAUGACAUCCUCGGAGGCGGCAAGCAUAAUGCACCAGACAAUCCUCGAGAAUGCAAUACAAUUUCAACAGGAGCCAUCCUUCUUGCUGAUAUAGUUCCAGCUCUAACGGUCAAAAUCAUCUCUCCUUUUUUCCCACUCCAUGAGCAUAUUCGAAUGGUAGUAACCACAGUAUCUGCUGCGGUGGCAUUCUGCAUGGUUGGGUACUCCUCUCAAACAAAUGCUCUCUGGUUAGCAUACACUGGAGUAGCUCUGACUUCCUUCACCUCUGGACUCGGUGAAGCCACUCUCCUGUCUUUCAUGAGUUUUUAUGGUGAUAAAAAUGUAAUCACUGCAUGGGGUUCAGGCACCGGAGGAGCUGGAUUUCUCGGAGCUUUCUACUAUGCAGCCAUGGUUGGACUGGGCCUCUCUUCUACAGCUACACUUUAUACUUUGAUCUCAGUCCCAGUAUUGAUGGCCAUCGCAUUCUGGAUCAUACUGGAUCGGCCAAAUAUCAGUGGUUCAUCAUCCACAAGCGCCUCAGCACAAAGUGGCGAGAGCCCCGAGAGCUAUCAAAACUCAGCGCGGAAAAUCGAAGAAGAUGCCAAUUCAAGUGCAUAUCUGGUGCCAACAGCUCGUUCAACGCAUACGUUCUCUGAGAGACUUUCUAUCAUGCCUAAGCUUGUCAAAUAUAUGGUUCCCUUGGGACUUGUCUAUUUCUUUGAGUAUCUGAUAAAUCAGGGUUUGUUCGAACUUUUGUACUUCCGCAACAUCUGGUUGACACACAAUGAUCAAUAUCGUUGGUACCAAGUGCUGUACCAAAUUGGAGUGUUCAUCUCCCGCAGCUCUCUUACUUUUGUGAAAUUCAAUCAACUGUGGCUUUUUGCCGUUCUGCAGUGUUGUAACUUGGUGUACCUGUAUUUCGACUCUGUGUAUACUCUCUCUCCCACCGUAUUCAUUGUCUUCGGUUUCAUCCUGUUUGAAGGGCUCCUCGGUGGAGCUGCGUAUGUGAAUACAUACUACAAAAUAGAUACAGAGAUGCCCAUUGAGGAGCGAGAAUUUUCGAUGUCUAUGACCUCAUUUGCGGAUGCACUAGGAAUCUGUCUUGCCGGACUCUCAGCUAUCCCAUUGCACAACUACAUCUGCGGUCUACCACUAAGCAGUAAAGCAUCGUAAUUCCGACGAAUCUCUUUCAUAUCCAAGUUCACCAAUUUGAAGAAAAACUUGAGCUCUCUCAACUAGAUUUGCACUUUUUUUGGUGUUUCUAUUUCAGGUAGUUGUGGCAAUAAUAUUUUUUUACCCCGAAGUUAUUGUCUCAAUCCACUCUACGUUUCCAAUUUCAAUUCAUAGAUUUGCCAAAGCAAAGCAAGGAAUAAGUAAAAAAGAACUGUUUUAUCUUAUUUUUCUAUUGCACGUGAAUGAAAUUGAACCUUAUUUGGACCAUGUCAAACUGUUGAACCAUCAGUCAGAAUGGUAUAAUUAAUCAAUGUUGAGAAGGCGUUUUGUGCUUUUGUUACCGUCACUCUUUAAUAGUCUCUAUUGUCUUUAUAUGAGAGAAAACUGAUACUUCUUCUGAUGAAAGUUAUCGCUUAUUUAUGUUACCAAAUCAUAU